CAGUCUUUCUCUGCUGGGCUCUGCUGAAGCUGCGGGCUGCAGUUUGCAUUGUUCCUUCUGGAAGCUUCACAGGGUUUUGUUGCUCUGUUUUAUUCUAGAAACUUGUUGAAGUAGCCAGCUUUCUGUGAGUGGAUGGGUGCCUUGUGGCAAUCCAGCAUAAAUCUAUCCAGUUGUCUCUGUUAUUCACAAUAUUCACUCUGGAUUCACAAUAAUUUUAUUUUUUCUUUUUAAACCUUUCAAAGUAACCAGUGGAAGUGCAAUUUAUUGCUGGAGCGUGACUGGCACGUAGCACCCAGUACCACCAGAGCCCAGUGGAACUGCGUGUCCCUAUUUUAAUGCGAACGAGAGGAGCCGUUGUCCUGUUUCGUGUCUGGUUUUGGAGUCACACGCGGUUUUGGGAACAUCCCACCGAGGGUGCUCGGGGAGAGCGUGGCCAGGGUGGGUGCUCCCUGCAGCAUGGCUCUCCUGCCAGCAUCAGCCUGACCCUGGGGGUUUGGGUGGAGGUUUAGGAGGACGUAAGGAGUCCCAGCGUCAUUGCUUCUCACCCGUCAGCAUCAUUUAGGCUCAUACUUGCUUCUGCUUUCUGGCCAGACUGCACAGCCCCCAUCCUGCCGCCCACCAGGUCACAGCUGCAGCUGCCCCGGUGCCAAAGGCGCUUCUGCCUUCCUUCUCUAAUGCCAGACUGAAUUUCCCAGAGGCUAAAAUGCUCUCAUCUUGCUGAAAACUUCAGAGCAAGCCCGUGGCAGCUGGGUGCGAACUUAAAAAGCCUGCGCUGCCCUGAAGGUCAGGCUUGGGUGGGACCAGUGGCAGAACAAGAAGAGAUUGAGCUGUGACUGAACCAGGAGGUUUUGGACGCUGUCUGAGGAUGGGUGAGGAAGGCCCUCCCAGUUUGGAGUACAUCCAGGCCAAGGACUUGUUCCCCCCGAAAGAGCUUGUAAAGGAGGAAGAGUCAUUGCAGGUCCCGUUCACGGUGUUGCAGGGUGAGGGUGUGGAGUAUCUCGGCCACGCGAACGAUGCUGUGAUCGCCAUCUCCAACUACAGGCUUCAUAUCAAAUUCAAGGAUUCUGUGAUCAACGUGCCUUUGAGGAUGAUGGAGAGCGUGGAGUGUCGGGAUAUGUUCCAGCUUCACAUCGUCUGCAAGGACUCCAAAGUGAUCAGGUGCCAUUUUUCCACCUUUAAGCAGUGCCAGGAGUGGCUGAAGAGGUUAACUCGAGCCAUUGCCCGCCCUGCGAAGCCUGAGGACCUCUUUGCGUUUGCCUACCACGCGUGGUGCUUAGGAGUCUGUGUGGACGAGGAGGAUCAACAUGCACAUCUCUGCCGUCCAGGAGACCACGUGAGAUUCCGAUUUGAGAUGGAGCUGGUGAGAAUGGGCUUUGACUUGCAGAACGUCUGGCGCGUCUCUGACAUCAACAACAAUUACAAACUUUGCUCCAGUUAUCCCCAGAAGCUGCUGGUCCCUGUCUGGAUCACCGAUAAGGAGCUGGAGAAUGUGGCUUCGUUCAGGUCGUGGAAAAGGAUCCCUGUGGUGGUGUACAGACACGUGCGCAACGGGGCGGUGAUCGCGCGCUGCAGCCAGCCCGAAAUCAGCUGGUGGGGCUGGCGAAACGCUGACGACGAGUAUCUGGUGACGUCUAUUGCCAAAGCCUGUGCAUUGAACCCUGGUGCGAAGGUGCCGGGCGGUGUGCCGCACAACGGGAGCAGCGACGGCGCCGAGGCCUGCGACACCGACUUUGACUCGUCCCUGACGGCGUGUUCAGGCGUGGAGAACGCGGGAACUCCUCAGAAGCUGCUGAUUCUUGAUGCCAGGUCCUACACUGCGGCUGUGGCCAACAGGGCAAAGGGAGGCGGCUGCGAAUGUGAAGAGUAUUACCCAAACUGUGAAGUCGUGUUCAUGGGCAUGGCCAACAUCCACUCCAUCCGGAACAGCUUCCAGUACCUGCGCGCUGUCUGCAGUCAGGUGCCGGACCCCAGCAACUGGCUUUCCGCCCUGGAGAGCACCAAGUGGCUGCAGCACCUUUCCGUCAUGCUGAAGGCAGCCGUGCUGGUCUCCAGCGCGGUGGACAGAGAAGGGCGGCCCGUGCUGGUUCACUGCUCCGACGGCUGGGACAGGACUCCGCAGAUCGUAGCGCUGGCAAAGAUUCUUCUGGACCCUUACUACAGGACCAUGGAGGGCUUCCAGGUGCUUGUUGAAUCAGACUGGCUGGAUUUCGGUCACAAGUUUGGUGAUCGCUGCGGUCACCAGGAAAAGGUGGAAGAUCAGAACGAGCAGUGCCCAGUUUUCCUCCAGUGGCUGGACGCGGUUCAUCAGCUUCUGAAGCAGUUUCCUUGCCUCUUUGAAUUUAAUGAAGCCUUUUUGGUGAAGCUGGUGCAGCACACGUAUUCCUGCCUCUACGGGACCUUCCUCGGGAACAGCCCCUGCGAGCGAGAGAUGCACAACAUCUACAAGCGAACCUGCUCCGUGUGGUCCCUCCUGCGGGCCGGCAACAAGAACUUCCACAACCUGCUCUACAUGCCGGGCUCUGAGCAGGUGCUGCAUCCCGUGUGCCACGUGCGAGCGCUGCACGUCUGGACUGCGGUGUAUCUCCCGGCGUCCUCGCCGCACCCUCUGGGACAGGAUGACAUGGACAUUUACCUGCCCUCUGGGUCGCAGAGCCAGGAGUUCAGCGGCAGAUGUUUGGACAGAUUACCAAAGACAAGAUCUAUGGAUGACCUGCUUUCAGCCUGUGACUCCAGCAGCCCGCUGACCCGCACGUCGAGCGAUCCCAACCUCAACAACCACUGUCAGGAGGUCCGGGUGGGCCUGGAAGCCCGGCACGGCACGGCCGAGGGGCCCGAGCUGCACGGGGGAGAAGGCGGUGCCGGGGCUGCCGGAGAGACGGGGCGGGUGGAGGAGCGAGAGGAAAACACUCUCCUGAAAGCCAACAGCGCUUGUAGCAGCCAUGCUGAGCAUGGAGAGCAGAGCAAGGAACCGAGCGGCUGGGCUGCUGUGCCAGCAAGCGGUGCCUCUCUGGAGGCAGAAGAGGGAAGUGGAGCGGUCACGGAGGAACGGGACGGCACGUGUUCAGCUCCACAUCCUUCCAAACAGGAAAAUAUUGAGGGGGUUUCCACUAGUUCUGGAAAGCAGUUAGAAACCGUUCCCCAGGAACCUUUGAAGGCUGCUGGCCUGGUGUCCAAUGCAGGAGGCUGCCCCAAGAGAAGCACCACUGGCCAAGACAUUCCCGGCCAGGAGUCCAUGGGACCAAGCGCCCCUUGUCAGGACAGCCCAGGCCCUGCCACGGGCGUCCCCUGCCCAGGUGAAGACAACGGCAAAGGCGACGGUGGACGGAACGUGCCCUGCGAGGAGCCUGGCCGGCCGGGCAGAGUCCUGCUCGAGCAGUGGCGCAAGCCCAUCUCCCAGAGCCAGAGCAGCGAGUUUUCCUUCCUGGGCUCUAACUGGGACAGUUUUCAAGGAAUGGUGACACCGCUCUCCAAUGGGGACCCUGCACCCAGACACCUCCUCUCCUACGGCUGCUGCAGCAAGAGGCUGAGCAGCAAAGCGCUGCGGGCGCCGGGCCUGUGCCUCAGGGAAGGAGCGAAACCCGCCGCCUGCUCUGGCCACGGCAGUGUGCAUUUUGCAGGCCCCACGGGGAGGCCCAGCCGUUCCUGGCUGCCCUGCCACCUGAAACAAGCGUCUGGUCCCAAGCACGUGCCACCAAAAUGUCCUUCCCCUGUGCCUCCUCUCUACCUGGACGAUGAUGGGCUCCCCUUCCCCACGGAUGUGAUUCAGCACAGGCUGCGGCAGAUCGAGGCCAGCUACAAGCAGGAGGUGGAGCAGCUGCGCAGGCAAGUGCGGGAGCUGCAGCUGCGCCUGGACAUCCGUCACUUCUGCGCCCCUCCGGCUGAGCCGCCCAUGGACUACGAGGAUGAUUUUACAUGUUUGAAGGAAUCGGACGGCAGCGACACCGAGGAUUUCUGCUCUGACCACAGUGAGGAUUGUUUGUCAGAAGCGAGCUGGGAGCCAGUCGAUAAGAAGGAGACUGAGGUCACGCGGUGGGUUCCAGACCACAUGGCCUCGCAUUGUUUCAACUGCGAUUGUGAAUUCUGGCUGGCCAAGCGGAGGCACCACUGCAGGAACUGUGGGAACGUGUUCUGUGCCGGUUGCUGCCACCUGAAGCUGCCCAUCCCCGAUCAGCAGCUGUACGACCCCGUCCUCGUCUGUAACUCCUGUUAUGACCACAUCCAAGUGUCUCGUGCCAGGGAGCUCAUGAGCCAACACCUGAAGAAACCCAUCGCCACGGCCUCCAGCUGAAUGCCAGACAGGGACCUGUCUAAGCCCAGCCUUUCCUCCUGGGGGUUUGAAGGGUGACUCUGCCUCCACUCUUGUGAAGGCCUUUGGUGCAGCCCUCGAACACCACGCUCGAACGCCCCUCUGCAGCAGUCUCGCUGCUGGGCUGGGGCAGAGGAGCUCGGGCUGGAGCGCGGUGCGUGUCCUCCCUCUGGUACCCGUGGGCCCAUACGUUGUAGCCUGACGAGCUAGGGCUAAAGAGGGGAUUGCAACCUCUUCCUUUUGUGGGCUGGAAAGCGACGUUUUCACAGCUAUUGCCUGUGCAAAGUACCCCCAAAGCAAUAGAAAGGCAUGUUUAGAACCACCCCCACCAAGGCAGGCUGCUGUACCAGAAGAGCGCAGGCUCUGGGCAGGACCGCGAGCUUCGGAAGGGCCUCAGCCUGGAGCAGUCCUGUAGAUUCUCUUUCCAUGAGUGAGAUUUGCGAUCAGCUUGGUGAACAAGACUCAUUAGCCAUCACUAAUUGAUUUGUCUCUUGAGCGUCAACCAGAAAUUCAUUCUGGCUGAAAACGGGCCGAGCAGAUUUUGCCCGUUUUCGUGCUCCACUGGGACUGGUGAAUGCACUUGACUCUCUGACCUCCCAGCUCUGCGGGGAGAUGAGAAAUUGGCUUUUUCACUUCUGCUCUGCCCGUCUGCUUCGUCCGCGGUCGUGUCCCAGCGCGGUGCUCGCACAGGACUGGCACCCUGGUCCUCUCCUGGCAUGGAAACAGAACUCGCCUUCCCGUGUUGCUCCUCCGGCCCUUCUCUGCCCUCAGCUCUCCUCUUCCUACUGCUCUUUAUCCUGAAAACUUGAUACCUUGAGGGUAUAGGCCAUAAUGUGUUGUUUUACCUCCUGGAAUGUGCUGUCUGGUGUAUGUGAGGGUUUCAGUCCAAAUGCUGCUAUAUAUUUCUGUGCACUUAAUGUAACCCGAAGAAGGGAGAAUGAAGCAUCGAUACCAAAAUGAGGGUGGGGAGGACACUGGCUGACACAGACACUACACUCUGUGCUUUCCGCGGGAGGACAUACAGCCCAGCUACAGCGAUAACCGUGACGUGCGGCAUCUCUGCAGUGGUGGAAACAAUCUCUCUGACGUGCCCCAGCACUACCUAAAAUGCCUCUUGAAUUUGACUUCUUUUUUGUCUCCUGUACAGUGGUCAAAGUUCAGAGUUGCUGACUUGUAGUUGCGUCUCUACUUCUUUAAACUAGAGAGCAAGACUCCCAGCUCGUUCUAAGAAAAAGGAACUGGGUUUAGAAAGAAAGGUUUGGAAAGAAAGGCUUCAGGUGGGCUUUUAGCCCCUAGAUCCCUCUGGGAGUAUCCAUCCUGCCUCCUUUCUAAGAAAUCUGUGGAUAUUGAUGAGGAAAAAGAGUUUGAACACGGGGCAUUUCUUUGCUGAAAUGCAGGUUUUCUUUCCAGCUCAAUGCAAAGGUCCAACACGCUCUGCACCCCAUGAGCUGAGACUUUCAUACAUGGGGGGCGUGUGUUUCAUACCCGUGAGGGCAUUCGAUCUGUUAACAAGGCAAAGGACUUGACGCUGUUAGGAUCUCCCGAAUUUUUGCUAAUGGUUUGUCAUCUCCAGCGGAGGGAAUGGAAUAACGACCCUUUCCUGCACUUUGAUAUGUCAGCCUCUGGUGUUGUAAAUCCCGAUAGUGCGAGCAAAGCUGGCGUCGGCUGAGGGCCCUGGGCUGACCUGGACUCUGCUGCUUUUCCGUACUGGGAACAACCGAAAUGGCUUUGGGAAGAGAAGGCUCCUUGCUUCGGAUUCUCCCCUGCCUUGGACCUCGCAGUCAUUGCCGGACGUGGAAGAGCGACCGUGGGGCUGCAGAAGAAACGGGGUUCACUCCUGUUUUGCGUGUGUUGCAAUGACUGCGAGCAAUAAGGAAGCCAGAAACUGGGUACCGUUGGCCCUGCCGUUCAGGCCAUUAGUCCAAACUGCUUUUAGCUCUCGUGAGUUUCAGCGUCACAAUGUGCCGGCCAAAAAACUCUAAAAAAUCAGUUCGAUAGCAUUGUGACAAACAAAACGUGCUGUACAACUCAAUACAGUCGAAAUAAAAUCUCUAUAUUAGU